AUGGAUGAUGAGUCCUUGUAUGAUGAAUGGGAAAGAUUCAAAGAGUUAUUACUAAAGUGCCCUCAUCACGGAAUUCCGCAUUGCAUCCAACUUGAGACAUUUUGCAAUGGUCUCAACGCUCACACAAGGAUGGUAGUAGAUGCUUCUGCUAAUGGUGCUAUCUUAUCUAAGUCUUACAAUCGAGCAACAUCAAGAAGACGAGUUGCUGGAAUCCAUGAAGUGGACGCUCUCACUUCACUUGCAUCCCAGGUAUCUUCGAUAUCUUCAAUGUUAAAGAAUCUUACCACUAAUGGGUCUAACAGUUUUGUAGCUCAACCACCAAACCAAUAUGAGAAUAUAGCCUGUGUCUAUGGUGGGGAAGGACAUGUGUUUGAAGAAUGCCCAUCAAACCCAUCAUCCAUAAACUACAUAGGUAAUCAGAACCAGAACCGAGGAAGGCAAGGGUUGCAAUCCAACUUUUACAACCCAUCGUGGCGAAAUCACCCCAAUCUUUCCUGGAGUAACCAAGGGGCUGGAGGCAGUAACAACUACGCCCAACCUAGACCAACCCAGCCGCCUAGUUUUUCACAGCAAGUUCAAAAACCGGUUCAGGCUGAAUCGUCCAAUAGCUUAGAGAAUUUAUUGAAGGCAUACAUGACGAAGAAUGACGCCACUCUAAGGAAUUUGGAGAAUCAAGUGGGCCAGCUUGCUACUGAACUUAGGAACCGUCCACAAGGUGUUUUACCUAGUGAUAUGAAAAAUCCGAGAAAUCCAGGGAAGGAGCAUUGUAAAGCACUAACAUUGAGGAGCGGAAAAAUGAUAGAGCUCAACAUCAUUGAAGCUGAAAAGGAACAUGCUGAAGCUCAAGAUUCGAAAGAAGUUCAACCGAGUGUUGAAGUUCCAGUUCCACUAGAACUAGAACCUGCAAGACCUGAAAAGGUAACCUCAGAACGAGCCAAUUCUGAUCAGCCAACCAUUCCGUUAGUAGCAGAAUUGCCACCAAAGACAAAUCAACUAGUACCAACUCCAGUAUAUAAACCUCCACUACCUUACCCUCAAAGACUCCAAAAGCAAAAACAGGAUGUCUAA